AUCAGAGUUAACCGAAAACACAAGCCUUUUAUGCAGCAAGAGUUAAUACGUUGGUAUAAAUCCCACAGGUAUGGAACACCAUAAAGACACCGGUCAAUUGCACCACUACGUGCAGUACGGACUUUCCGAAAGUGCACAGAUUUUCGGAUGCGCAAAAGAGCAUCACAUCUUGAAGACGCUCUGAGGAAAACUGCUCCAAAUCUAGUCCACCAGCAUUAAACUACCGGUGGCUUCAAUCUGGUUUAGGAAGAAGACCACAAUAAAGUGAUCAAAGAUAAUCAGGUCUUCACCAAUUUAAAGUCUACUACUUCAACGAAUGAGAUAGUCGUCCUGCAGGCAAGGAGUCAUACCAGUUGGCCGAGCAAUAUCAACAGCAGCAGAUGGAAUCGCGUGAUGAAUCUAGUAUCUCCGUCAGGAAGACGGGCACGUGUACAGCGAGGACAACAGUGAUUUUGGAGUGGAACAGGUGGAAAACCAAUCCCAGUUGAAAACCAAUCCCAGUUCGAUCCCAAUGUUGUGGCCUUUGUGCCUAGCUUUGACGCACAGAAAUCCUCUCCCCCGCAGCCUGUUGCGGAAGUUUAUCUACUUGGUGUUCAGCCCCGCUAACUUUUACCGCAUGGCACCCUUGACGACCUUGUUGUGGAAAGUCUGCGUAAAGAAUUUCAAAAUUUCUGGAAGGGGAAACCUGUAGAUGCAGCUGAGCUGUUAAAUGAUUUACAAACAAGCCGACAUCUCGGGAACCAUUAAAGAGACAUUUAAAGUCAAAAAGUGGCCAACUGAAACCCGUUAAAAUCCGCUUGCGACCGCAACUUGGCCCGACUAAGGCAAAAAAUAACAUAAUCCUGUCAAGUCAUGCAGACAGGGCGAUUUACAUUAUAAUUUUAAAUGGCAAUGGAUUAGUCAUCAUCAGUACCUGCUUAUCUGGUUUUCCUGAUUUUUAAAUCAAAUCUGUGACUGUAUCUCUUACCUUUCCUCUUGUACCUCGUUAUUAUAAAAUGCGAAAACCCUCUGCCAAAGGACACUAUAAAACGAAUUUUUUAAAAGACGCCAAACAAAAUGGCACUUUUUGUUGAGAAGAAAAUAUGCCGAUAAGAACGUUUUACUUGUAAGACGCUGCAGAAAGAUUAGGAACGAAAACUAUCGACAAUGUUUACUUGUAUAAUCUGAGCUUUCUAAAACACAAAAAUAGUGUACUUUUACCAUACGCUUAAUUUCGAAAUUAAUCCGGGAUAUACAGUUGGGGAUCCAGAUUUUAAAUUCGUGAACACAGCUGCUGGAGUAGGGCAUUUCCUGAUCGAUCUGUUAGUUUUCGGACUUUUACUUUGGUUGUUGUAAACAAUAUCCGCAAGUUUCUCGCAAAGUGGGUUGCGUUGUGCCGUGCCUCAGUAGAGCACUACACACUACCUUCGAUUGAGUUCGCUGGGAUUUGGAUUUCGUUCACAGUCCAAGUUUGGACCGUGCUAGGAGAAGAUAAUGAUCCGAUCACUCAAUUAACUUCAUGCACCCAGUGACGUCAUCAGUGCUUUACUAUUCGGUGUCUAUAUAGUCUAUUUUGUUUAAUUUCUUACACCCUACAUUUCGAUACGAUUCGAUUUUCGUUUGGAAAUUGUCUGAAGGUAAACAAGCAUAAAUUGGACGUUCAAGCGUAAACAAAUCGGUUUUCGGAGCAAAAUACAAAAAUCGUCAGUUGAGAAAGUCUCUCAAAUGGCGCAGUUCUGCAUUCUUGGAGUCCUCCUCAUUCUUUCUGGAACACACUGCUCGUGGGGAUUCCAUGAAGAGACACAUUAUCCGUGUGCCUUUAUCGAUACGGCAAACAUAACGGGGAGCUACGGCUUAGAUGGCCCAUUUGUGCACAACUGGACGGUGAUUCCCCGUCACUUCGUAGCCGUGUACGACUUUGUCAUCGAAAAUGGCAUCCGCAUCCCCGCAAGCAGGCAUCUCAGAGCCUGUGUCUGUAAGACCAAACCCUGUGUACGGAUUUGCUGUUUACGGGGAGAAAUCUACGACCUGGAGAAGAGGCAGUGCUUAGUCCCUGUGGCCGGGGUGUCCAGCCUUCCCUCCCAUAGCCAUAUGGAGGUGGAGUUGGGCAACGGCAGUCUGCGUCUAGUGAAACUGCAACCCCGUUUUAGCAUCCACGUGGAAACACCAUGUGAGCACAUGAAAGCCGUAACCAAGGGCUCGGAAUACGUUCACUGGACACUUCAUGAGAACGGAACCAUCAGCCACCGAGGACACAUAUUUUCUAAGCAUUACUGCUUCACUCCGCUGCUCCAUGGGAACUCCACCUGGGAGUGGCAGCCAUUGGCCUGUGCACCAGAAAAACUAUAUUUCGUCUUGGGGGUGCGGGAGUGGACAUACGCCAUAUGUCUCUUGAUAGCUAUUCUAUCAAUGUUUAUCGUGCUGAUGGUCUACCUUAUGUGUUCGGAAAUGCGCAACAGUUUCUACGGUGUGGCCAUAAAGGCGUACGCCAUUUGUAUGAUCUUGGGAUAUGCCCUACUGGCUUAUCUCACGCUCCACAACCCAGCAAAUCUCUCAAAUGCGGCUUGUCGUAUUCUACCAAGUUUGGCGUUGAUGAACUUGGUGCUUUCCUUUUACAUUCUGAGCUUUAUUGCAUUUAAGCUGUACUUGAGCUUUUAUGGCGUUGUCUUCACAAAACUGAUGUUUUGGCUAAUAUUUACUCCCAUCGUACUGGUAGCCGUGGGCUGGUCUUUCUUUGUGGGUUUCAGUUAUUACGGCUCUAGGCUCAUCUUCGGAGGCGAUACAUGCUGGUUUGAUCCACGCAAUUGGUCCGUUAUGAUAUAUUUUUACGCUCCUGUUUUCGUGGCUUGCGCCAUUAGCGGUUUCUUCUAUGUCCUGAGCCAGAUCUACAUCCGUGAUCAGCCAGAUAUCGAGACGGAGAAGAGCUUCGAGUCCAUAGAGAAGAACCGAUUCAAAUCAUUUUGGAAGUACUUUGGCUACACGGCAGUCGUAUGGGUCGUUUGCAUAUGCUCCUUUGCCUUUAACUACUACUGGGAGAACAGAUCCCACCUUAACUACGCUGUAAGCUUCUGCAUGGCCUUCCACGGGUUUGCGGCCCUCUAUGCGCUGAUUGGAAAGAAUCAGCAAAUCCAAAAUUUUCUGCGGCGCAUAGAUAAUGGCGAAGAUACCUGUGAAAACUCAGUUCCGCUCUCGAGUUUUGGUUAACUUUUCUUGUUGUGCCCACUGUAGCGUUAGUGUAACUGGAAGCAGUUGAGUGUAUCGACAAUAUCUGUGCAAUGUUUUUAAAAUCACUUAUCAGCAUAGACAAAAACCAUGUAUUUUAAAUGUAAAAUUUUGUAGGAUGUGUGUAAAAUAUAUUUGUAAAAUUUGAACUCGAACAAAAAAGUACACUUCUACCCUUUAAACGAAAUUACGAUAAUAAAGAUACAAAAAAU